CGUCUGUUGGAUUUGUUUUGCCCUGAUUCAAAGUUUUGGUUUGGGGUUGGGGUUGCGUGUUUCCAAAGUGUUUAUCAUAACAAACACGCUAUAGUUUACAGGUUUACACCCAGCUAAGUUUCAUAUCAUCAGUAAGAUUGUGGAACAUCUAUUUUUAACAAAACUUAAGGUGUGCUCAUCACGAAUCUACGGGAAGUUCGUUGUUUUCCACGAACAGUAGGCACGGUUUAAAUUUAACAAUUCCCACAUUUAAAAGUUUUUGAACAUUAGUUUAAUCAGUGUAGGAUUAACAAUGAUAAGCUUAGUUGUGCUUGAUUGAGGCUCAACCUUCCACAGAGCUUUAUAGGCUAAAGUCUCCGGAGUAAAAUAUAGGUUAUUAUUGUUGCUGUAGCUUAUAGCUUAGUAGUGCGGUUCUCCUUCUCUAUGAAGUUUCCAGUUCUAGUAGAGAGUGCUAUGCUGCUAUAAUAAAUACGACAUGUUUUAAAACUAAAGAUAACAUUAGUUUUUAUCAAUCUGCACCAUGGGUUUGACAGAACAGCGCUACAAAAUUCUGCGAUCUAAGCUAGAUGAUCUAGGUUACCGGCAACCUCUAGCUUUAGAAUCUUUACUGCUUGUUGAGCAUAUUUUCUCCGACCUUAUCCACACCAAGGAGGAAUUGGAUCAUUAUAAGAAUCUCCACCUUCAAAAUCAAGAGAGAUAUGGCAACACCCGCUCAGGAAUUGAACCUUUGAAACAAGAAAACGAGAAAUUGGUACAUGAGUGUAAGAGACUGCGGCAAGCUUUGAGCGAGGAACAGGAUGUCAACGAAAAGCUUUUCAAAGAUUUGAAACAGCGUAUCCGUGCUCUAGAAAGCAACAAUUCAGACUUGGAGUUUGUCUGCUCCCAACAUUUAGAGAGAAUAGAUGAACUGAGUCAUCAAUUAGCUGAAAAAGGACAGAAGAUCUUGCUGCUAAAGGGUAUCGGCAAGCCUACCUCCUCCUAUAAUAAGCUAUCAGUGCCAAAAACACAUCCCAAGAAACCUGCAUCAGGUGUCAGACAGGAAAGACGAUCUCCCGUCAAGUCGACAUCAACUGUGACGUCAUUGACCCAUCAUCCUGGUAGUAUUGUGACGUCAUUGACGCAUCAUCCUACAUCCGUUGUGACGUCAUUAUCGCAUCAGCCUACAUCAGGUGUUACGUCAGUGGCUGAUGUCUGUAACGCGUCCAAGAAGAAGAUCGACUCACUGCUCAAAGAGUUGGUCACUUUGAAACAGGAGAAGCUCGGAUAUCUGGAGGAAAUCGCUGCUGUACAGAGUAGGGUAGCAGCCAGAAACCAAGAGAUCGAGCGUUUGCAACAUAUGUUAGAGUUUGGCCCAUAACACUCCAAUGCCGACAGCUGGGAAAUGUCUACUCAAUUGCUGUAAGGAACGCUGCUGUUGUAAUGCCAAUGCUAAUUCAGCUGCAAAUUAGGUCCUCAUAUUUGGAGGCACAACUGAGAGAACAGCUGACAGAAUGCCAAGAACUGCAGCAUGAGGCAAUGUGCAGAGCCGUGAAGCUUGCCGAGAGGGAAUGCUCAGCUUGAAGAACAGCUGAUUAAUCGCAGAAGUGCAGGAGGAACAAAUUGCAAAUGUGCCACGGAUGACCAGAAUACAGUACGCAAGCUACAGGAGAAGCUAGAUUGCAAAAUACUUGAAAUAGAGGAACUGGAAAGUAAGUUGAAAGAUUUGCAAAAGUCGAAAAAGGAUUUGGAAACUGAGAAAGGAGCGAGUGAAUCAGCAAGUGAUGAGCAGAAGAAACUUCAGGAAAGAGUACACGAGUUGAAUAUUAUUGAACGAGACCUGAUGAGCGAGAUAGAACGCCUAACGGAGAUAAACAGACGUCAACACGAUCGCAUCCAACAUUUGGAAAAUCGACUCUCGGAAACUGAGAAAAAGUUGGCUGAGAAUGAGGCAGAAAACAACGGUAAAAAAUAAGCAAAACUCCAGGUUGAAAUCUGGGGAAAACAUGCCUGAUACCUCACAGCAUGCUAGAAACAGUUUUAACUCCACUGGAAAGUCCUCUAAUAACUAUGUCAGUUCGUUUGAGAUUGAUCGUAGAAGUAACCCGCAUGAAACUAGCACGCUAAAUGUUUCUUCAAGUGAUAAGAGCCCAGUAAAGAAAAUUCCCAAGACUGGCGCAGCUGGUAAUUCAAAUUUGAGAAAACAAAAUGCUACCAGAAAAGAGACAAACAAUACUAAUGAGAAAGAUAGAACAUUUGUGAAAGAGAAGAAUAAAUUUACUUCGUCAACAGUGUAUCCCCCGAUACAUUCGUGUAUUGAAGAUACUGAGGUUGAUUUCAAUGAUACUUUGAGAGGGGUUAAAAGUCGUCCGGUUGAAAAAGAAGUGUGAAGAUGACGAAACAAAACCAAGCGCAGAGUUCAAAAGUCACAAAAGUAUCUGAAAAGUCCGCUAGAAAACAGACUCGUUAUCAGAAGUCACCCACUAGGCAGCCUACAGCUAAUCUGAAUGCAAUGCCAAUUCCAACUAAGAAAACAGCAGAGAGAGAUUCAGCAGUGGACACUCGGCCAGUGAAAACAUCAGCCAAAUCAGUGCAGGCAAGAGCUAAGUCCAAAGAUGAAACGGAUAGUAAUAGCAGUAGUGACUCUAAUAAAAACAUCAGUGAUCCAGCUUCCAAACCCGAUCGUUUCGCCUCUUCCAAGUCGAAAAAAUCGACAAUGGAGAGCGAAAGAAGGCUGAAAGAGAUAGAGAAAGAGAAGGCACAAGACGAAGAGAAGAUGAAAAGAGAGAGACAGUUAUUGGAUGAUGAGAGGAAGAGAUUGGAGGAAACCAUCAGGAAUCUGACAGAAAAACAAACUGAGCUCAUAAAUAAGUUGCAUGAAGCUUAUGAUGGGACUGUCAGGCUAAAUGAACAG